GACUUUUCGAGAAGACCCGCAUAGAGCACGUUGUUCUCGGCCUCUCCCUGAGCUCGGCCGGCCAUGGCGGCGGUGAAGAGCCUAAACCCUAAAGCCGAGGUGGCCCGGGCGCAGGCAGCGUUGGCCGUGAACAUCAGCGCGGCACGGGGCCUGCAGGAUGUACUGAGGACCAACUUGGGGCCGAAGGGCACCAUGAAGAUGCUUGUUUCUGGUGCUGGAGACAUCAAGCUUACUAAAGAUGGCAAUGUGCUGCUUCACGAAAUGCAAAUUCAACACCCAACAGCUUCUUUAAUAGCAAAAGUAGCUACAGCCCAGGAUGACAUAACUGGUGAUGGUACUACAUCCAAUGUCCUUAUCAUUGGGGAGCUGCUAAAACAGGCAGAUCUCUACAUUUCUGAGGGUCUUCAUCCCAGGAUAAUAACUGAAGGUUUUGAAGCUGCAAAGGAAAAGGCACUCCAGUUUUUGGAACAAGUCAAAGUAAGCAGAGAGAUGGACAGAGAAACACUCAUCGAUGUGGCCAGAACAUCUCUUCGAACUAAAGUUCAUGCUGAACUCGCAGAUGUCUUAACAGAGGCUGUAGUGGAUUCCGUUUUGUCCAUUAAGAAAACAAAUGAACCCAUUGACCUCUUCAUGGUUGAGAUCAUGGAGAUGAAACAUAAAUCUGAAACUGAUACAAGCUUAAUCAGGGGACUUGUUUUGGAUCAUGGAGCACGGCAUCCUGAUAUGAAGAAAAGAGUAGAAAAUGCCUACAUCCUCACGUGCAACGUGUCCUUAGAAUAUGAGAAAACAGAAGUGAAUUCUGGGUUUUUUUACAAGAGUGCCGAAGAGCGAGAAAAACUAGUAAAGGCUGAAAGAAAAUUCAUUGAAGAUAGAGUUAAAAAGAUAAUAGAACUGAAAAAGAAUGUCUGUGGUGAUUCAGAUAAAGGAUUUGUCGUUAUUAACCAAAAGGGGAUUGACCCCUUUUCCUUGGAUGCACUUGCAAAAGAAGGCAUCGUUGCUCUGCGCAGGGCCAAGAGGAGAAACAUGGAGAGGCUGACACUUGCUUGUGGCGGUAUAGCUCUGAAUUCCUUAGAUGACCUGAAUCCUGACUGUUUGGGGCAUGCAGGUCUUGUCUAUGAGUAUACAUUGGGCGAAGAGAAGUUCACCUUUAUUGAGAAAUGUAACAAUCCCCGUUCUGUCACAUUACUGGUUAAAGGACCAAACAAGCACACACUGACUCAAAUCAAAGAUGCAAUAAGAGAUGGCUUGAGGGCCGUCAAAAAUGCUAUCGAUGAUGGCUGUGUUGUCCCAGGCGCUGGUGCAAUAGAAGUGGCAAUGGCAGAAGCUCUGAUUAAAUACAAGCCCAGCGUGAAAGGCAGGGCUCAGCUGGGAGUCCAGGCAUUUGCAGAUGCCUUGCUCAUUAUUCCCAAGGUUCUUGCACAGAACUCUGGUUUUGACCUUCAGGAAACAUUAGUUAAAGUUCAAGCUGAACAUUCAGAAUCGGGUCAACUUGUCGGUGUGGACUUGAACACAGGUGAGCCAAUGGUGGCAGCAGAGAUGGGUGUGUGGGAUAACUACUGUGUCAAGAAGCAGCUGCUUCACUCCUGUACUGUGAUCGCCACCAACAUUCUCCUGGUUGAUGAGAUCAUGAGAGCGGGGAUGUCCUCUCUGAAAGGCUGAGGAAGUCCCUUGUCACUGCAUCUGUAAUAAUACAGAAUGGUGUGGGAAAAUGGUCAUUUUUGUCCAAGUGAUUUGGAAAAGAAUUUCCUCUUUCCGGUUGAAGAAAAGGAACAAGACAUUUGGCACCUAUUCAAAUUACAAUACUGUAAAAAAAAAAAUUUUCAUUCACUGAGUGUAUGCAUAUGCUCAAAAAGUGGGCCCUUUUUAACCCACUGAAAAACAUGUUUUAACUACAUUGACACAAAAAUUACAUAUUAAGAUGAGUGUGUUGUCUACCUUGUUCCUUAAAUGUUCUUCAAAAAAAUUGUAAUGGUUUUUUUUUAACAGCAUGGUGGUGCUUGCCUCUAAGCCUAGCACUUUGGAAAAGAGGUUCAGAAGUUCUGCUCCAACUCAGGAUACAGGAGACACCCCCCCCCCCACUCAAAAGAAUCAUUUUCCCCCUCGUGGUUGUAUUUUAAAUUAGCCAACUAACUCCCUGUUAAACAUGUAAGAUUCUUGCCAGUGCAGAACACAUCUGGGUAAUUUAUGGUUUUCAUAGUGUCUAAUAAAUACUUAAAAGUAUUGAUCGUUCACACUUUGAAAUAACUGGGGCUGGAGAGAUGUCUCAGAGGUGUAGAGCACUGACUGCUCUUCCAGAAGUCCUGAGUUCAAUUCUUAGCAACCACAUGGUGGCUCACAACGCAUCUAUAAUGAGAUCAGGUGCCCUCUUCUGGCCUGCAGGCAUAAGUGUAGGCAGAUCACUAUAUACAUAAUAAAUCCUUUUGUAAAAAAAUUAAUAACUGCUAAAAAAAAAAAAAUGCUUCCCUGGAAAAGCUAAGUUGAGGUAUUCAGAUGGAGGCUGGGGCGGGAGGAUCACAAUUCUGAAGGCCAACCCCUCCCAGCAUGAGGACACAAGAGGUGGGAACAUGCAAGUUGACAGCCAAAAGAAAGAUGGCUGAAUAAGGGCUUGUGAAAAACAAUCUCUAGUCGACUUCCAAACCUUAAACUUUAUGCUUUUACAUCAUAACUAUCACAAUCUUUGUUAUCGUUUUCUCACGUAAAUACUCUUGGUUUCCGUGUAUUUGUUUUAUGUGCGUUGGAUAAUAAUGACAUCUUCCCCAAGUGGAGUGUUGGGGGGGCUCCUCAGUAUUCUACAGUGAGUCAAAUAAAAAGUUGAAACCUGUG